GGCAUCAGAGGGCGCGGGAAGAUGGCGGCUGCAGCGGCGGCGGCUGCGGCCGAGCAGCAAAGUUCCAAUGGGCCCGUGAAGAAAUCCAUGCGCGAGAAGGCUGUUGAGAGGAGGAACGUCAACAAAGAGCACAACAGUAACUUUAAAGCGGGAUAUAUUCCAAUUGAUGAAGACCGGCUCCACAAAACCGGGCUGCGGGGGAGGAAGGGCAGCUUGGCCAUCUGCGUGAUCGUCCUCUUGUUUACACUGGCGGUCAUCAACUUACUUAUAACACUCGUCAUCUGGGCAGUGAUUCGUAUUGGGCCGAAUGGCUGCGACAGCCUGGAGUUCCACGAGAGUGGUCUGCUCCGGUUUAAGCAAGUAUCCGACAUGGGAGUGAUCCACCCCCUGUAUAAGAGCACAGUGGGAGGAAGGCGGAACGAAAACUUGGUCAUCACCGGCAACAACCAGCCUAUUGUCUUUCAGCAAGGAACAACAAAGCUGAGCGUGGAAAAGAACAAGACUUCUAUCACAAGUGACAUUGGGAUGCGGUUCUUCGAUCCCAGGACACAAAACAUCUUAUUCAGCACAGACUAUGAAAAUCAUGAGUUUCAUUUGCCAAAUGGAGUGAAAACUCUGAAUGUUCAAAAAGCAUCUACCGAACGGAUUACCAGCAACGCUACCAGCGAUCUAAAUAUAAAAGUGGAUGGGCGUGCCAUUGUACGUGGGAAUGAAGGAGUAUUCAUCAUGGGCAAAACCAUUGAAUUCCACAUGGGUGGUAACAUGGAGUUAAAAGCUGAAAGCAGCAUCAUCCUCAAUGGGACUGUGGUGGUCAGCACAGCUCGUCUGCCCACCUCCUCCAGCGGGGACCCGCCCGGGAGCGACGACUGGGUGCGCUACAAGCUCUGCAUGUGCGCCGACGGAACUCUCUUCAAAGUACAAGUAACGAGCCACAACAUGGGCUGCCAGGUCUCCGACAACCCUUGCGGAAACCCAUACUAGAAGGACCCUGGGCAUCCCACGUCAUUGUGCUCAGAUCUUAACUUGACCUUUUUUAAAGUUUGCAUGUCAAUCAUGUUUUUACAGAGUUUGAGCUAACACGUUGUAACUAUUUUAACUGGAGGGAAACUACUGUAUCUCUCAAUAUACUCUCCACGCUUAAAAGAUUUUUGAGUACCUAAAUUCUAAUAUGUUCUACUAAGUUGCACUGCUCUUCAAAUGACAGUUCUCUAGGUAAUUAUGAGAAAUUAAUAAAAAUCAGUUCAUCUUUGAAGUGUUUUUAACAUUCUGCCAUCUCUUGUCUGAAGGACAGCUGUUCAGACUCCCUGUGAGCGUCUUUCAUUCCUCACGGGGAUGCAUCCACUAGAGAAAGCAUGGCAUCACCGUUUCAUGCUCUGCCUUUUGGCUUUUGAAAGGAAAGGCACAUUUUGAGGAUCCUGUUUCCACGUGCCGGUGCCAUCAUUAGAGAACCGCACCGACGUGAGGCAGCAAGACGCUCCUUCGUCUCGCACUGCCGAGAGUGCGCUGUAACAGACCGUCCUCUGGAAGUAGCAGAGGGAGCAGCGUGGCAGCGCAGCGGGCGUGAAGACAGCGUCAGCUUGGGCUUUGGAGCGGCCACAGUAGCCGUCCUUCUCCACGCCGCUUCUCCCCUAGGCGUGACUACCGUGCAGCCUUCGCAGCCUCAGCCACGAGGACACCGGUGAUCAGAGGAGUCCAGAAACCGGCCCAGCAUCACUUGUAGAGGAGCAGAGCUGAGAUUGGAACCCAGGGGUGAGCCCAACCUAGAUAGCUUGAAUUCCAAGCACCAUGUUCUUUUUACUGUCUGCACUCAGUUUUUGAUUAUUUAAACUCUAGAGAGAUGGGAUAGCCUCGUUCAAACUUACCCAAUCAAUAAGAAUCAAGCCAAGAGGUGUGCUACUCUAGUUAGAAGACAGUCUCAUGGUAGAUUAAACAAAUGACCAACCACUGUCAGGUUUCAUACUCUCUCAAGCCAGUUCCAAGCUACGACCAUGGAGAGGUUGCUUGGCCUCUGUGAGUUAUGCCUGUUUCCCACCCAGCAGCCUCGGCACACUGGAGCCACUCACUGAAUGGGUGACUGAGGCCAGGAUAUGCGCUCCCCAUAGCUCAGUGCAUGGUGGGAGGCCAUAGGCCCCAACGGGCCCCACUUCUCUAAUAUGUUUUCUCCAACAUCCCACACCAAUGUCACCCUUUUAAAGUGUGCUACACCUAGAAACGAAGUUAUAUAUGCUAGACUAAGGGUGUCAGGGUAGGAAAUAGCACAUGUCAUUUUUAACUAAGUGUAAAAAUGAAUUUCUGUUUCUUACAUCACUUUCUCAAAAUUAUGUAUAAUCUCCAAACCAACCGAUUUUCUUAAAAGCACAUUUUAUACUCAAUUUAAGAGGCAUUCUCUUGUGUUACGUAAUAGGCAGGCAGAAGCCCCAGAGGAAGGGUUAACCUGUAAAAAGUGCAUCCGUACUUUGUCGUGGUCACUUUGAAUUGCACACAUAAGAAAACCAAUACGAAGCAAUUUGUAUUCAGUAUUGUCACAGCACUUAUGGAAAAAGUGUCUAUUUUAGAGAUUGUGAAGAACUGUCUUAGUUCUACUGAAGAACAGAGUGAUUUACUGCCCAACACCAUGUGCAGAUUUUAAAUGAAAAGGGAGAUUUAUGACCUCCGGAUGUAUUCGGCAUCACUUAAUACUUAAAUAAUCCUGAGAAAAAAAUUGUUAGACUUUUCAUUUAGAUGCCCAGUAUAACUUAAGUUAUACAUUUAUUAAUUUUCUGUUCUAUUUAGAUUUGUUUUGAAAGUUUCUUUAAAAAAACAUUUCUACUAAAACCACAGAUCACUAUAUUAUGAAGUAUUGUUUAUUGAAUAUAACUCAUGAAAUAGUCUAUUUUUCUCUUUGAGAAAUUACUGUGUUUUUUAUACAUCUCCAUGAAAGGCUUUGACAUGAGAAUAUAUUUUGACAACUUUGUAGAAGGGGUUGUUUGCAUGUCCAGAACUCUUGGGUCCUGUGCGGAGAGUCCCUGCUUUUCCACUGAAAUGCAGGCCUGGAGCCACUCUGAGAAGCCUAACGGGACAGCCACCGACUUUCCUGUGACCGGCUUUGAGUCUCAGUAAGGGUUCAGCUACUCAGUCUCGCCACAGAUGGACCUUUUGCCCCUUGCUGCUUCUGCACUGAGUGCGGGUGGACCAGCCACAGCCUGGGGGGAGGCGGGAGCCAGGCAGCACUUGGGAAGGGACAUGGUCCCAUGUUUGCUUACGAAGGACAUGUUCUGCAGGUGGGUUGAAAUGGCAAGGGGCAUAAAAAAGGCACUAUCCUUGUUAGAGAUUGGGGGGAGGUAGGAAGAUGAGAACGCGAAGCAGGGCCUUCCUGUGCGCACCUGCGGCACUUCACGUAUCUGUGUUUGUAAUCUUCCUGCACUGUGAAGAAAGGCAAAUAAAUUCUGAUAAUUUUAUCGCUGGGCGUGGUGGCGCACGCCUUUAAUCCCAGCACUCGGGAGGCAGAGGUAGGAGGAUCGCUGUGAGUUCAAGGCCACCCUGAGACUACAGAGUUCAUUCCAGGUCAGACUGGACCACAGUGAGACCCUACCUCGAAAAACCGAAAAACCAAAAAAAAAAAAAAUUCUGAUAAUUUUAUGAUGCAAGGUGGAACAUCUUUGUAUUUUGAACGAGCAUCUUUAAGGGGGUAAGAAUCGGGGUGCUAAGCAGAAGAGUGCUUUGAAAUGCUGGUCAUUCUAGUCAUUUUUGAACGGUGUCGACAGGGGGGCAAGGUUACGAAUUUUGCCAUACACAAAUAAACCUGUAAAGGUGUUUCUGAUUGCUGACUUGAGUUUGUUACUUUGGUUUGUAAUAACUGUCAAUGACCUCCGUUUACAAUAAAAACUUCCCUGUCAGUUUCUUA